CUCCGAAAAGCACACUUUGUUUGACGCAUGGUGCGAACCGUGGACUGAAAGUAGCUCACGUGCAACCAGCAACAAGAGUGGUUUAGAGUUACUACACAGUCCACAUUAAUCCGGUAUUGUUGGUUUACAAAGUGUAUUUCUGUGCGUAAAAAGAGUCGCCCAUCUCUUAUGGAAACAACUUCUCCAUGCCCACGUGUUUACAUCGCUGUGCAGCCUCUUGGUUGAAUGCUGGCUGCUCUGAAUGAAAACACAGAAGCCCCCCCUACCUGGAAACCCACCGGGGAACUAAGUGGAUUGAAGAAGCAAGUGAGGGAGUCAGGGGAGGGAGGGAAGACAUAAGGGAUUAGCAGCUAAUCCAGUGCAUGGACAAUCCUGGAUGAGCCUUUUUUUUUCUUUUCUACGAGGGUGAGGCAGACAAAACAGUCCCUGGAUUACGGCACUUUACAUUAUUGCCCUUUUUUUAUCAAGAAAGAGUAACCUGGUUUUCCCUUCGCUCUGAUUGCCUCUCUAAAGGCCCGGGGGUCUCGGCUGUAGAGGGAGGAGGACAAAGAAGCGGGGCCCGGUGACAGGAUGUCCCGUGGACAGUGUGGAGCCACACAUGGAUAAACCUCUUUAGGGGGAGACGGUGCAUGCCAGUGGACCCCAAGAUCGAGACUCUGAGGAGUGAAGAAUCGGAUGAGACACACAAGAGGAUCUGUUCAAGACACAUCUGAAAGGACUCGCUGCAAUGGACCCAAAACUGGAAUUUAAACUCGACUGACAGGAGCUCGGAUUCAAAUUAAGGGACAUUACGCAACUUUCUGCCGCCAUGAGUCUGGGCAAACUGCCAGCGAUUAAGGGCCUUGUGUCCGGCUCUCAGGGGAAACGCCGCUUCAAGAGCGAACUGUGCGUGGACAUGAUCAGCCCGCCGCUGGGCGACUUCCGACACACCAUGCACGUCGGCCGCGGCGGGGAGGUGUUCGGCGACACUUCCUUCCUCAGCAACUAUGGCGGCCCACGUGAGCCGGGAAGUCCUGACUCGACAACCAGCUCCAAGUCUUCAGGGUUCUUCACGCGCACUUUUAGGAACGUGAGGAAAAACUCUGCGGUGCGACCGAGAGGGGGCUCCCGUGAUUUGUCGUCGCUGCCGCCAGAGGUCUCUCCCAUCAUCAAGAACGCUGUCUCGCUGCCCCAGCUCAACCUGGACUCCUCCAACGGCUGCCUCCAGAGGGUGCAGUUUCCCAGCUCCGUCAGCUCCACAGAUGACCCCCUCUGCACCACAUAUGGUCUUCAGUCAGGUUUCGUCACCCUGCCUCGCCUUUCCCGCCUCGACAGACAGUUUCAGGAAGGAGACGUCCGGCGCGGCUCUCUCCCCGAAGCAGGAGACUUCCCCCUGACACGAUCAGACUCCCUCGCCUCCUUCACCGUGGACCUCGGGCCUUCUCUAAUGUCCGAGGUCCUGAGCUGGAUCGACAACCCCAGCUGCUUCCAGAUGUCCAAUCACAGCCAGGAAGCAGACGAGGAAAAAGAAGAAGAAGAAGAAGACAACGGCUCUUUAACACCUGUGCAAAGCCCCGAGGGGACUUCCCCCAACCCCUCCAUGAGCUCCUUCAGCAGGAACAUGAACAGCAGGAGGCGCUGCAGUCGCAAAUGGAGAGAGGAGGAGGAGGAGGAGGAGGAGGAGGAGGAGGAGGAUGAGCAGGAGGUGGAGGUGGAGAAGGAGGAGAGGCCAGUGAGGACUCCAGAUGUUUGUGCCGGGUCUCCUCAGAGAGUGGAGCAUGCUAUGGAGGCGGAGAGGUUUCAGAAGGCAGCGGAUGUUUUGUCCCGUCACUACGGUGGAGGAUCCUUCACCAAAGGAACAAUGAGGAGCAACAACAGCACCGGCUCCCCGGCUUUCUCCCAAGGACGCCAAACACCAAAUGAUUCGUCUUCUGAGGAGGAGGAAGAGAUCAAAGUCUAGAUGUCGUGAUAUUUCCUAUCAAAUACGCUGACUUUACUUCAAUACUGUGUGGUGGAUAUUAAAGCUUUCGCUAAAUAUAACACAAUUUGGUAAAAAUAACCAUGUGCGAUUGUUUUGACUGACAUUGAGAUUGCUAUAUUAUUCACAUAACCACUAGAGGCCCUAUUAUGCUUUUUUUGGUUUUCCUUCCCCGCCUGAAAUGCCUCCAUUGGACUCCGUAACAAAGUGACAUCACUAUGUAACACUCAUGCUUCUGUUGGCUAGUGCUCCAACACAUUGUACGUGAUAGGCUAAGGGGCGGGACAUCUCUAAGCGGUUGACCAAUCAGAACAGAGCCAGCCAACUAACCAAUCAGAGCAGACUGGGCUCUGGUUUCAGACAGAGGGUGAAAAGAGGUGCUGCAGCACAGGCAGUAUGAGAAAAAUAAAGAGCUUUCUGAACUUUAAAGCAUGGAGACAUACAAAGAAAAUACAAACGUGACCCUGAAAAUGAGCAUCAGAGGGCCCCUUUGAUCAGAACUCUUUAGUUUGAUCUCUAACAAACAUUUGAAAGUGAGUGAAGAUUGUCCCACCUAUAUUAAUUAUUCUUGUAAGGGUUGAUUAACACCUCUGGGAAACUCCGAUUUUGAUACUUUUUCCACCCUAUAUACACAAGGCAUCACUACAGAGCAAUGUAUUUUACAUAAGGAUGUUAAGGCUCAUCAGUCUGAAGCUGAACGGGACAUUUAAGUUUGUAACGCUUGUGAUAAAACCUGUGUACAUUGUUAAUAAAUGACCUGGUGUAACUCCACUUAUCUUUUCCUGAAGGCCAGAGAAAACAUAAUAAUACAAGACAAUAAAAACUGUAAAUGUAACUCCUACUGUUGCAUGUGUUUUGUAGUAAAGUAAGGGCAGUGUUGACUUGA